CUGAAUGAAGACAACCUAGGUGAAAAAAACAUGAUGUACAAUAUUUUCUGCAAACGCAGGUUUUGCUUAUCAACUACUUAAUAUAAGAACCUGCGAACAAAUAGCAUGCACACACAUUCCACACACGAAAGUUGAAAUUUUGAUCAAGAAAUUUUAAGGUUUUUCUUUUUCAUUUUUUAAUUAUUUUAGAGAGAAUAUGGAAUUAAAUUCAGAAGCUGAUGAGGAUACAAAAAAAGAGCAAGAACAAAAAGAAGAAGAAAAAGAAAAACAACAUUUUCAUGUAUUGGCAGUUGAUGAUAGUAAUAUAGAUAGAAAGCUCUUGGAAAGGCUUCUUACUGUUUCUUCUUACCAAGUUACGUGUGUGGAUUCUGGAGAUAAGGCUUUAGAGUAUCUUGGGUUGCUUGAUAUUCAAGAGAGUGAAAUUUCAAGAACAUCAUCAAUUUCUUCAUGUUCAUCUUCUUCAUCCAAAUCAUCCGAGAAAGAGGUAUCAAAAGUUAACCUGAUCAUGACAGAUUAUAGUAUGCCAGGAAUUACCGGUUAUGAUUUGCUCAAAAGAGUCAAGAGAUCUUCUUGGAAAGAUGUCCCAGUUGUAGUCAUGUCGUCCGAGAAUAUACCAUCAAGAAUUACCAUCAGGUGCUUGGAAGGAGGAGCAGAAGAAUUCCUGUUGAAACCUGUCAAAUUAGCAGAUAUGAGGAAACUUCAUUCCCACCUCCUUAAUACAACUAACAUUCAUGACACCAUAAUAGAUAGUGAUCACAACAACAAUACUAACAAGAGGAAGGCUUCAUCGCCUGAGGAUUCAGACAGAAGAACCAGAAUUCAAGAAUUGCCUGUGUCCUAAUAUUAUUUUUUCCAUGUCCUGAAUUCGUACUCGCUCUAAUUUAACAGUAAUAGAAUGACAGUAUUACUUGCGAAA